UGGUGAGUCCAACUCACUCAGUCGAAAACGGAGUGUCAGACGAGGCGGUUCACUGAUUGCCACUUAGUAAAUCAACUUACUUGUUAGAUCAAGCGCGAACCUAGAAACAACUUUACUGUUUUUUUUUUGUUUUUGUUUUAAUCCCCAAAUAAAACACUUGUUUUUUGUUGUUGUUGUUUGAUUUCGCGAGUUUUUCACCCAGAAGAGAAAUGACAAUCUAUGGACUGUUGGUGCAGAUCAUAAUCGUUUGUAACUAGCCGCCUUUCUGAAGAGUCCCACUUCCGAGGAGGAGCAGCCAUGGCACCGCCCCAAGAUCAGCCGGAGGAUGAUAUUAUCACCAAGAUACCCUCGAUAAUUGGAUUCCUGAACUUGGACUGACUGGCGACAACGACGAUGAUUUUGGCUCCCCUUUUACCCCAAAUUCGAUGAGCUGACCGGCUGACCUAGAGAGCCAAGGCUGAAGUGCUGAAUCAUGAGAAUUAUAGCUAGAAAUCUGUCAUAAUCUUACGGCUAACAACAAACGCUUAAAUAAACUUAAAGCAAUGUGAGCAAA